AUGUCCGCGUUUGAUGAGUAUGCUGACGUUCGUUCACUGAAACCAGAACAAAUAGCGGAGAUUACGGAUGGAUUUUUACAAUUUGAUACUGGUCGCAAAGGUUAUAUAACAGAAAAUGAAAUCAGAGACACACUUCAACGUUCGGGUAUUCCAGCACAAGCCCAAGAAGUCGAUCAAGUAUUUCAGAGAUUAGACGUUCAUCGACAUGGUUCGAUUGAUUAUCAAGAUUAUUUAAGAGGAAUGGCACAUGCCUACGUGCAUCCAGGACUUUCACACGACCAAUACGUGAACAGAGGAGCGCAACAACCGACAUUUGUUGUUUUAGGUUAUUCUCCAUCAUAUAAUCCGUCCUCGACUCAACAACCAUAUCAGCCAUCCUCGACUCAACAACCAUAUCAGCCGUUCCCGACUCAACAAUCGUCAUAUAAUAAUAAUCCGCCACCACCUCAACAACAACAACAACAACAAUCGUUCUACCCACCAUAUCAACAGACGUCACCUCAGCAGCCUUAUUAUCCACCUCGUUAA